AUCCUCUCUCAUCCUCCUUUCACUGCACCGGCUGCGUGAUCUCCAUGGGAACGUCGUCACGCAGGAGGACGUGAACGGGACGAUCUGACAGUGAGCUUGCUUAGCAUGGCAGCAAAGGCAGUUCUGCCUAGGAGGGCCGACCCCACUGAGUUGAAAGCCAUUUUCGAAAAGUAUGCCAGCGUCAAGAAGAAUGAUGAGAGCUUCAUGUCACCGGAGGACUUUGUGAACCGUUUCCUCCAUGCCCACACAAACAUCCGGCUGUCGGACGAGGCCACGAAGCUCCUGGCUGGUGUGGUGGACCAGAAGAAAGAUGGGCUGAUCUCCUUUCAGGAGUUUGUUGCGUUCGAAUCGGUGCUGUGUGCCCCAGACUCUCUAUUCAUGGUUGCCUUCCUGCUGUUUGAUAAAGCGGGCAAUGGAAUGACCACUUUUGGGGAUGUGAAGCAGGUCUUCAGCCAGACCACCAUCCACCAGCACAUCCCCUUCAACUGGGACAGCGAGUUCAUACGACUGCACUUUGGCACAGAGAGGGACAAGCAGCUCAGCUACGGAGAGUUCACCCAGUUUCUCUUGGAGAUGCAGCUGGAACAUGCGCGGCAGGCUUUUAUCCAACGGGACCAAGCCCACAGCGGCUCCAUCUCAGCCCUGGACUUCAGGGACAUCAUGGUUACCAUCCGGCCGCACAUGCUCACACCCUUCGUGGAGGAAUGCCUCGUGGCGGUUGCGGGGGGAAGCACAUCUCAUCAGGUCAGCUUCUCAUACUUCAACGGCUUCAACUCACUGCUCAACAACAUGGAGCUGAUCAGAAAGAUCUACAGCACCCUGGCUGGCCACCGCCGAGAUAUUGAAGUUACCAAAGAGGAGUUUGUUGUGGCAGCUCAGAGAUUUGGCCAGGUGACACCCAUGGAGGUCGACAUCCUUUUUCAGCUUGCUGACCUGUCAGAGCCCCGUGGACGUGUUGGUUUAGUGGACAUUGAGAAGAUUGCUCCACUGGAGGAGGGCGCCCUGCCCUACAACUUGGCUGAGGUCCAGAGACAGCAGUUGGGCAGUGAUGGUUCCCGCCCCAUCCUAGUCCAGAUUGCAGAGUCAGUCUACAGGUUCGCCCUUGGCUCAGUGGCAGGGGCUGUGGGAGCCACAGCGGUGUACCCCAUUGAUCUGGUGAAGACGCGCAUGCAGAACCAGAGGAGCAGUGGCUCUCUGGUGGGGGAACUCAUGUACAAGAGCAGCUUUGACUGCUUCAAGAAGGUGGUCCGCUACGAGGGCUUCUUCGGCCUUUACCGAGGUCUGGUACCACAGCUACUGGGUGUGGCGCCCGAGAAAGCCAUAAAGCUCACAGUGAAUGACUUUGUUCGAGGAAAGACCAGGCAGAAAGAUGGCACAGUCCCUCUGGGUGCUGAGAUCCUGGCCGGUGGAUGUGCUGGUGGCUCCCAGGUGAUCUUCACCAACCCGCUGGAGAUAGUAAAGAUCCGUCUGCAGGUGGCAGGAGAGAUCACCACGGGGCCGAGGGUCAGUGCCCUGUCUGUCAUCAGAGACCUUGGCUUCUUCGGACUUUACAAGGGUUCCAAAGCUUGUUUCCUGCGGGACAUCCCCUUCUCAGCCAUCUACUUCCCCUGCUAUGCCCACGGCAAGGCUUACUUCACUGAUGAGGAUGGACGGAUAGGGCCAGCCAAGAUGCUGUUAGCUGGAGCUCUGGCAGGCAUGCCAGCGGCCUCUCUGGUGACCCCGGCGGACGUGAUCAAGACCAGGCUACAGGUGGCGGCGCGUGCUGGCCAGACCACCUACAGCGGCCUGGUGGACUGCUUCUGGAAGAUUCUUAGAGAAGAGGGACCCCGAGCUUUCUGGAAAGGAGCUGGAGCUCGAGUGUUUCGAUCUUCGCCUCAGUUUGGCGUGACCCUGGUGACCUAUGAGCUCCUGCAGCGCUGGUUCUAUAUCGACUUUGGAGGACAAAAGCCGGCUGGCUCGGAGCCCACCCCCAAGUCUCGGAUCAGCCUGCCGGCGCCCAACCCCGACCACAUCGGAGGCUUCAGGUUGGCCGUGGCCACGUUCGCUGGCAUCGAGAGCAAGUUUGGACUCCAUCUCCCACGCUACACAGUGGCGACGGCGGCGGCCCCCUCCAACGCCAGCACCCCUUGAACUGCUCACUUCAUCUUGACAUAGGUUUGGGGGGGUUGAAUGAGGAAGAGUAGAAAGAGGGAAUGUUUUUCAUACUUGAUGCAAUGAAAGACACCAACUAGUCCAGUGUUUUAAGUUACCUAUUUAAAAUUAUUUAUUGUUUUCUCUUAUAAUGAUACAUUUAUGGUAGUUUAUAUGAAACCAUAUGCAAUAGUGAGCCAAAUAACACGAGCGACACAAAGGUAAAUUCUUUGUAGGAGCCGUGCUGUAUUUGUUUUAAUUGACCUUUGAUUGACAUUGUUUUGAGUUGUAUUAUACUGAGUUUUGUUUUUCAUACAGUUCAACUGGUACAGUAAUAUGCACACAGGGCAGCAGAAGGGCUGGCAGAUGUUUAAAUACACCUUAACUGCUUGCUUUUUAUUGAAAAGGAAUAUCAAUAACUAAUAACUAUCUCUGGCGUCUUCCUUUUGCUGCUUUAUAUUCAAAAGCACAUCCGUCAUAUGAUCGUAUAUAUAUAGUUGUCUUUAAUCGUACACGUGGCACUUCUGUAAAAAUGAGGAAUAGAGACAUAUUUUCAUAUAUCUAUACGGCUAUUUUGAUCCUAAGUUGCUUUCAAUUGUGUGCUGAAUUGAUCAAAUAUAUAUAUAUAUGUAUAUAUAUAUAUACAUAUAUGUAUAUGACCAAAAAGAUCUUGAAUGUAAAGACGCAGUGUAACAUUCUAACUCGUACACAAUGUUUACUGUACUAAGAUGUUUGGUUUCAGGUCUAAAUGUGUGCAGAUGUGUAAAUGUCUUGAGAGAAAGCCGGCACCAACUGCACUCCUGUAGCGUGUCAUGACUGAGUAUUUAAAUUUGUACAGUGCAGAGAAUGUAGGAGUUACAUAUGGUGUGUAAUAAUCGUGCCUUACUGUACGUAUGGCAGCAACAUGUGUACUGAGAGUAAAGAGAAACUUAUAUUAGUAAA